AUGGAGCACGUCUGCGCACGUUGCGCAAGACUUGGCUUCGGAUCCAAAAUCACCUCUCCCUCACCUGCUCUAGCUGGUGUCGCUAGAGCAUUUUCCACGUCAAGGACAUGCUAUGAUGAAGGAGAUAAAAGGCCAUCAUCCUCAUCACCUCCACGAGGCAGACCCCUACCUGGCACUCCAUUACGCAGAAAUACCCCAUCGAGUACAGGAGCCGGUGCGGCAACCCCUCGCCCAGGAGGCAUACAACUGCAACGUACAGACGGACCACGAACCCAGACUGCCUCAGGAGCCAACACGGGCACUGGCACUGGGACGGCUACAGGACCUAGGAGUGGUGUAGGAGCCGCAGGGCGCACACCUCCGUCUAAUCGCGUCCUCCAACGCACGGGACCACCUCGUCCAAGCCAAGGUCAACUUCUCGUCCGACGAACACAACCGGGUCAAACCCAAAAGCAAGGCCCAGGACAAGGGCAAGGUCGCAACCAACAAGCACAGGGCCAACGAUUCGGCCCACGAGCCGGGCCACGAGGCCCAGGUCAAUCCCAAUUCCAAUCUCGAACUCCCGGCGGCGGCGGUGGUCCUUCGAACACCAACACCAACACCAAUCGCACGGACCGACGCGUCCGCCGCCUCGCAGAAAACACCGCCUCGCGAUCCGCCGAAGAAGAAGACCCUUCGUCCUUCCACGCCCAAGACCUCCCCACCCGCGUUGAGAAUUACAUCAGCACGAUCGUCGACCCGCCCGUCAACCCGACCACCGAACUUCCCCACACCCCCGGCACGACCCUCGCCGAGACGGAGCUGCGCAAGGACUGGCCCAACACCCCGCUCAGCAACGCCGGGCUGGUGGAAAGCGUGCAGCAGCGCAUCGAAUGGCUCGCCCACCGGUUGCCGCACGGCUACCAGACGCCCAACCAACUCGCCAUGCACUACACGCGCGGCUAUCUCACGCGCUUCGAGUCCGUGCAGGAGCGCGACGAGGUCCUCUCCAUUUCACGGCAGCUGGCGCAGAAGUGGGCGGAUCGCGACACCGAAAAGUCUGGCAGCUCGGGAGAAGUGCAGCCCGAGAACAUGGACUUUGAUAGCAUUGCAGACAGAGAGGGUGAGCGCAACGGGCUGGCGGAGACGUGGGUCAAGGGCGUGUAUCCUGUGGUGCAAAAGCAAAAGAUGCCGUUUCUCGAUCAGAUCGUCAGGAAUCUGAAUAACAAUGGCACAGUGACACCAGGCAAGGCCGAGCAGUUCAUGCAGACGGUGCAAAGUGUCAUUGUUUCCAGGCAGCCGUCGCAAGGUGGAGGUCAGGCGCCGAAGGUGGCUCAGAAAUAA